AUGCCGACAUACAUCACCACACACACAGGCGGCACUCCCACGACCCGCGCCGCCUCGCUCCUCUCCACCGCCCUCUCACAACUCGACCCCUCCUCGCCCGCUUACUCAACCCUCGUCGAAGCGCACUCGCUCGUCGCAGGCGAGGAAACCUACAUCGAGCGCAAUACGAGCGAGUUAAUUGUGCCGGCGGGUCAUGCGGUGCUGGAGCAGGAGGUCAGGGAGGUUUGGGACGAGUUGCUGCGAGGGACAACAGAGACGGAUUGGAAGGCUGUCAAAGACCGAGAAGAGACGACGUUCGAGCUGGGUGCGGGCAUGUGCAGCGGGCCUUACGAAGCCGUCGUCCUCCAGAACUUUGCCCUGAUGCAAGGAGCCAAGACGGUGCUCGAGAUUGGCGUGUUCACAGGAACCGCAACGCUCGCCCUCGCCCUCCUUCCCUCUGUUACACAAGUUGUCGCCCUCGACAUCGAGCCCUUCCUCGAAUCGUUCAACACUCCGUACUGGACCCGCGCCGGCGUUUCCUCCAAAAUCGAUCUCCGCAUCGCUCCCGCCCUCGAGUCCCUCGCCAAGCUCAAGCAGGAGGGCCACGAGGGGUUCGAUCUGGUGUUUAUCGACGCCGAUAAACCGUCGUAUCGUACGUAUGUCGAGCAGGUCCUCGAGUUGGGUUUGUUGAAGGAGAACGGGGUGAUCCUGGUGGACAACACGCUCUACAAAGGAUACCCGUGGGUUCCUCCGGCGUCGACCGACCAGUCCACCUACGCCAAAUCGAACCGCACGAAUAAUAAGAGCAAGAGCGAGGCGACCAAGGGCAUUGAUGACUUCAACACCUAUGUCCGCAGUCACCCCGACCUCGAAACCGCCGUCCUCCCCAUCCGCGACGGCAUCACCGUCAUCCGCCGGCGCAUCUAG